UCGACACAGUCACGUGUACUCAGUCCAAGCAAAGUGUCUGUGCGAGAGGAAGGGAUUGACAUAGCUCGCGCACUCCGAUCAAAUAUCAGCCGCUCGCAAUUCGACACCGUUUUAUUCCGCUAUAGUCGAGGAGGCUUGAAACCGUAACCCGCACUUAACUCGGAACCGCAAAGAAGCGAAGAGCGAAUAUAUCCGUGUCUAAAACGAAUCACAUAAGGCCUAACGUGUGCGAUCGCUAGCAUUAAAUUGUCGUUAGUAUUGCACGUGAAUUGAGAUACGCGGUGCGCGGCGCUGGAGGAGAAGCUGAAGUCCAAGUCCAUAACAAUAAGCGAGGGAUCGUAGGUUUGUGCUAUGGGCUUACUGUCACAAGGGUCACCGCUUAACUGGGAAGAGACCAAGAAACAUGCUGACCACGUUAGAAAGCACGGCAUCCUUCAGUUCCUCAACAUCUACAAUAAGGUCAAAGAUCGACAGAAGGAUGUGCUGAAAUGGGGAGACGAGGUGGAGUACAUGUUGGUGGAAAUGGAUGACAGCAAUGAGAAAGUCCGCCUGGUUCUGAACGGGAAGGAUGUUUUGGAAACCCUUCAGGAAAAGGGUGAAAAGAUCAACCCCAACCACCCCACCCUGUGGAGGCCGGAGUACGGCAGCUACAUGAUCGAAGGAACCCCUGGGCAGCCGUACGGAGGGACCAUGUCAGAGUUUAACACGGUAGAAGACAACAUGGGAAAGCGGAGGAGGGAAGCCGCAUCUGUGCUUAAUAAGAAUGAGACUCUUCUCGCCGUUACAUCAUUUCCCAGGUUAGGCUGCCCAGGCUUCACUCAGCCAGAAUACAAACCCACACCUGUUGAAAAAGGGGUGUCCAAAUCGCUUUUCUUCCCCGAUGAGGCCAUCAACAGACACCCUAGAUUCAGCACACUGACCAGAAACAUACGCCACCGGAGGGGAGAAAAGGUGGUGAUAAAUGUACCAAUUUUUAAAGAUGAAAACACCCCAUCUCCUUUCGUGGAGACGUUCCCAGAGGAUGAUGGGGAAGCUGCCCGGGGAGCCCUGCCUGAUCACAUCUACAUGGAUGCCAUGGGCUUUGGCAUGGGAAACUGUUGCCUGCAGGUGACCUUCCAGGCUUGCAGCAUCAAAGAGGCGCGCUACCUUUACGACCAACUGGCCACUUUCUGUCCCAUAGUGAUGGCUCUCAGCGCUGCCUCACCGUUCUAUCGGGGGUACGUAUCAGACAUUGAUUGCCGUUGGGGUGUGAUCUCGGCGUCUGUGGAUGACAGAACCCGAGAGGAGAGGGGCCUGGAGCCAUUGAAGAACAACAAAUUCAGGAUCCAUAAAUCACGGUAUGAUUCGAUUGACAGCUACCUCUCCUGCUGUGGUGACAAAUACAAUGACAUUGAGCUGACCAUAGAUGAAGAAAUCAACAAACAGCUCCUAGAUGCAGGCAUUGACAAACUGCUGGCACAGCACAUUGCACAUCUCUUCAUCCGUGACCCGCUGUCGCUCUUUCAGGAGAAGAUUCAUUUGGAUGAUGAAAACGAAUCGGACCACUUUGAGAACAUUCAGUCAACCAACUGGCAGUCAAUGAGGUUCAAGCCCCCUCCUCCAAACUCUGAAAUCGGAUGGAGAGUCGAGUUCCGUCCAAUGGAGGUUCAACUGACAGAUUUUGAAAACUCAGCUUAUGUCGUGUUUAUCGUUCUCCUCACCCGUGUGAUCUUGUCCUAUAAAUUGGAUUUCCUCAUUCCAUUGUCAAAGGUUGAUGAAAACAUGAAAGUAGCCCAGAAGCGAAAUGCAGUGCAGGAAGGCAUGUUUUAUUUUCGGAAGGACGUCUUUAAAGGCUGCAACCCAGUGUUAGAUCCACCCUCCACAGCUCAGAAUGGAGUGGAGAGUGAAGCUAAUGACGGUGAAGAGUUCACACUGAUGAGUAUUGACACCAUCAUCAAUGGGAAGGAAGGGGUAUUUCAUGGCUUGAUACCAAUGUUGAACAGCUAUCUUGAGAACAUGGAGGUGGAUGUCGACACGCGUUGCACUAUUCUCAACUACCUGAAACUCAUUAAGAAGCGUGCUUCUGGUGAACUGAUGACUAUGGCUAAGUGGAUGAGGGAGUUUGUUGCCAAACAUCCUCAGUACAAGCAGGACAGCGUCAUUACAGACAAAAUAAACUACGACCUGCUGCACAAGUGCGACAGAAUCGCAAAGGGGGAAGAGAAAUGUCCGGAACUUAUCGGAGAGCCGGUGAACAGAGGAAAAUAAAAGCUGCUCAAACCGCUCCUUUGCAUGAGAACGGAGGACCACAGCAGUCCAGACAAAAGUUUGAAGAAAAUACUUAAAAUAGCAUGUGUUGAUUGCUGAGGUCAGCCAAAGGUUUGUUGAAUUUGUAAAUAGCAGAUUUUUAUUAUUCGCAAAUUAUUUUAAUAGCUUCAAACAGAUCCAUGAUGUUAAUUGUACUCUGAUGUGUACAUAUUUCACGUCGGUCCGAGUUUGUGAGAGAUGAUGUAAAUGUAGCAAACACUAAAUUGUACAUUAGUAAUAUUUUCAUUGUUGAAAUGUAAAUACUGUACUUCAUCGGGCAUUAACAAGUGUACUUUCUUUUUUUAUGGAUGAAACUGUUGACUUGCUUUGCAGAUUCUUAUUGUUUUUCGGCAUUUAAUAUUGUACCAAUUAAGAAAAGAUUUUAAGACACUGGUCUUGAUGCAAAUCUGUUUGCAGCACUGACUUAAAUGAUGUAGGAAUUUAAAUGGGGGAUAAGCAGAAGACCGUAGUGGUGUGGUGUGCGUUGCUUUUCACUAACAAAUUAUAUUUGGUCAUUUUAGUGUUUGAAGGACAGCUAAAUUUAUACCAUCUGAAAUUUCCUAGCUGUUUUGUUAAGCUUUACAUAGCAGGUCCACCACUAGAGGGUGCAGAUGAUCUUUUUUUAUUAAAAUAAUGAAAGGAGGAAUUAGAUUAAGCUAUAGUUUGUUAGCUUUAAUAUCUGUAUAUGGCUUCAAAUAAAGUGAUUCCUGUACAUAUUCAGCUUAUUGAGUGAAACUGCCCCUGCAAUGCCUUUAACAGAGCGCUGUCAUUUCUUUAAAAUUCAUGCAUUGUGGAAACAAUUCUUUAAAUGCUGUUUGCGUGGACGGUUUGUUCUAUAAAAUUCGAUUCAUUAAAUCAUUUAAUCAGCAUCAGA